AUGAAGAAGAAGAAUGAUUUUUCUGGUCCUCCCCCUCCACAGUAUGUGAGGGCAAUGCGGGGCCAUACUCAGGAUCCACGCAUACUGUAUGUGCUCCCUUCCACCACGAACAACAUCAAAUGCACACCCACUCGACUAUCAGAAAGCACCCCUGACACUUCACAGAGGCUGUGCACACUUGUGUACACCCAGGCAUAUAUGAAAAUAAGACCUGAUAAACACACAUGCAUCUUUCGCUCUUUGCAUCAUAAAAAAAAAAAUUGCUACCUAUUUUCCUUCCACAUCCUGGGGUUUCAGGGUUGGAUGAGGAAGGAGGCAGUUAGAAAAUCAGAUCUUUUUCUUCGCCAUCCAUCCGGAGCCCAGCUCUAG